AAACGACAGUGUUCUCCCGUAAUAUGCUUUUGUCGGAAAUAGAUGGCGAAACAAAUUUAGGCGACGAGAACAAAAUGAGACAAUAUCCGAUGCUAACAUAAACACAGACAUGCAAUCUUGAUUUAGAAUCUGGUCUAGAUCUAGAUCUAAUUGUGAACCGUUGAAAUGGAGUCUGAUUUGUCAAAUGAGAUUUCAUCCUCUUUAUGGAUGUCAAUAUUCACCUGCGCAAAGUGCGUGAUGUAAUGAUGAAAGCCAAGGUGUGGUGGAAAAUGGAUGAGCUCAAGACAAAAGUAGCACUACUGCUAAAAGAAAAAGAAGACCUUGAAACAGAUUUUGGACUUAAACGUGCCAAAUUUAGAGAACUAUUUCUACAAAAGGAAAAUGAGCUAAAAACUGAACAUGAAAAACACGUCCACAGUGAAAGUCAAGUGAAAUCUCUACAAGAUGAGUUAUCUAGCAUGAAAGAUGAAAUGAACAAGCUGCGAUGUGAACUGGAGGGUGUCAAAACUGCUGCAGCUAUGUCCGAAAGCAACAAACAAGAAGAACUGAAUAGUAUUAUUUCUAACUAUCAACAAGAGCUAGCCAGCUUACAGCAGUUGUUGAAAGAAGCAGCAGAGACUGCUUCUGAUAACACUGCAGCUAGGUAUGAAUCAGAAAGAAGUAAACUUGUAUCUCUUAAUGAAAACUAUGAAGAAGAAAUACAAGAGCUGCGAAACAAACUUAGCCAGGAGAGAGAGAGUUUCCUGUCCACUGUAGCUAAAAGUAUCAAGCGUGUGGGUGCUGUGGGAUCAGCUAACACCAGCAUGGAACAUGAAAACUUAGAAGAAAGCAUGAGAAAGGCUCAAGAAGAUGCCCAAAUCUUAAAGUCAGUUGUAGUUCCUUUGGAGAAUGAAAUUAAAACACUCAAAGCCAAACUAAAAGAGACUGAAUUAAAACUUGCAGAAAGUCAUAAGAAAAAUCAGAGUGCUUCUGAGAGAGACAGGAAGUCACCCACAUUGCCUGACCUAGAUUCAAUCACUGAUUUGAACGAGAAAGUUGAGAAAUUGUUUAGCUACUUGAAAGCUGAGAAGGCAGCUCGUACAGAUCUGGAAAUGUAUGUAGCAGUACUGAGCACCCAGAAGACAGUUUUACAAGAUGAGGCUGAUAAAAUUAGUGCCGAACUUAAAGCUGUAUGCAAUAUUUUGGAAGAAGAAAAGCAGUCUCAUGAAGCUUUAAAACAAACAUGGCAGAUGGCGAAUGAUCAAUUCUUAGAAUCACAAAGACUGAUGAUGAUGGACCUGCGCAGAAUGGAGGGAGUGUUAACAGUAGAACAGCAGAGACAAAUAGCUGAUGAGAAGAAGGCCUUAACAAAUGUAGAAAUGGAACUUAUGACCACUGCUGAAGUAGAAACUAGUCAAACUAAAAAAAACAAGAAAAGAAAAAACUUGCAUAGUCAAACAAAAAUUGAUAAUCUCAAGUUACAAGAAAAAGAUGAAGCUAGAGAAGCUCAAGAAAGAAAAGUCAAAGAAUUAGAAGAGAGAAGAGAAAAACAAGAAAAAGAGCAAGAGGAGAGAAGAAAAUUAAGUCAAAGUAAAUUGGAAGAAGAAAAAAGAAGAUCUGGUGCAGGAGUAGGGAGACUAUCACCAUUUGAGUUUUUAUCCUUUGAUAAUGAUGGCUCUCACUCAGAGACUAUCUCUGUCAAGGGAUCCAAAAAUUUGCCUGGAGCAUCAAUAGUACGUCGCUCUGCAUCUAGUUCAGAUAUUUCAGAUGGCUUUGGUCGAGAAGAUUUGGAUGACGAUUGCUUAUUUUUAGAAAGUUCUACUCAUGAAACAAGGUCAUUGAAUGAGGCAGAUGGUGUUUUAAGAGGAAGUAUGGACAGUAUUGAAGGAAUGACCACAGUAAGGAUUAGUCCAGAGAAAGUCCUCAACCUCCCUGCAUUGUCUGCUGCUCAACUGAAGGCCAUCACAGACCCAACACCAGAGAGUGAAGCCUACCUGUCACUAGUUGCUGGUAUCAGAUCUAAACCUGGCACUAGCAAACAGAACUGGGAAGGCAAGAGAUUAGUCAGUGAGAAGGAAUGGACUUUACUGCAGAAUGAGAUGAAAUUGGCCAGAGAGAAACUUGGUCGCCCAUGCAGUAUGUGUAAGAACUAUGAGAGCCAGCUGCAGACUGUACAGGAAGAACUCAAGAAUGUCAAGACAGAAAUAAAACAUACUGAAAGAUCUUUGGCCAGUGAACAAAUGACCAACAAAAACUUGUUGAAGUACCAAACUGAGCUAGAGGAAGCUUUAAAAAAUGCAGCUGAAGAUGCACAGUCACAAAUUUCUCAUUUAACUAACAAACUUGUAGACUGUGAGAAAUAUAUAAAAGACAUGAAAGAACAAAUAAUGGCCACCCAUGUCCAGCUUCAAGACUAUAGUAAAACUCUGGUUGAUGGUAGACAGGAAGCACAAAAUGAGCUGAUCAAACUUCAAGAAGAAAAUGAUAGUCUUGUGGAUAAAUAUUCAAAGACAGCUCAACAGUUACAGAAUGAAGACAUAAAUCUACCCAACAAUCUAGAGGAUAUGCAGUUACUCUUAUUAAAAUACAGAGAGGAAAUUAUCUCAGCCAAAGUAGCUAAAGAGCAUACAGAAGAAACACUGCGCAGUGAAAUAGUCUUUUUGAAAUCUCAGGUCAUGGGGGAGCAACAAGAGAAAUGUACUCUUGAGGAAACAUUGACUCAAGAAAUCAGUGCUCUACAAGCUAAAGUUGGUGAACUUGAAAUACUGCGCAAAGAAUUAGAAAAAGAAUCAGCUUCUAAAUCUGAAGUGCAGACCAAACUUCAAGAAUCAGAGAACUCAUUAAAAACUAUACAAACGAAGUCCAAGCAACUUAUUUCAAAGAUGCAGGAAAGAUUAGAAGAAAUGGAUAAAAGAAAGUCUAAACUAGAAUCAGAAAACCAUAUUUUGAAAAAUAAAGUUCAAGCUUUGCAAGUAGAUUUAGACAACAGUGAAGCAGUGCAGAGAGACUUUGUAAAACUUUCACAGUCAUUGCAAAUCCAAUUAGAAAAAAUUCGUCAAGCUGAAAAUGAAGUUCGAUGGCAGCAUGAGGAUGAUGUUGAGGACUGCAACAAUUGUAGACAGCCUUUCUCUGUCACCAAACGCAAGCACCAUUGUCGUCAUUGUGGAAAAAUAUUUUGUUCUGAUUGCACCAAUAAAGCUGUGAACAGUGGACCCAACUUUAGACCAGCCAAAGUGUGUGAUGUUUGUCACACAAUCUUGGUAAAGGAUGCCACUCCGUACUUCAGCACUGAGCCUCCAGCCACACCAGAUUAGCUUUCUAGAGCCAUUUCUUUCCAAUCACUUGGUGGAUUCUGUUAUUUGUUUCUAUGAUUCAAAUAAAUCCUCACUUAAAUAAUGGAACUUAUUUAAGGAUAAUUUAUUUCAUUUUAUACUUCAUUAUGGUUUAUAUUCAGUUUUUAUAUGUCCCAUUUCAUAUUUGUUUAAAUCAUGUUCUUGAAUGGUCAUUUCAUUUUUGUUUAUUCAUGUUCAAUUGUAUGUUGGAGCAGCUUCACUUAUCAAUUAGAAGUGUACAUGUCACUUGAAACCUAAUGACAACUUUUGCUUUUAUUUGAAGAUUUUAUAACUUUAUGUAGGUAUGUCUAUGUAUAUGCAUACAUACAUUAUAGAGGCUGUCAAUGCUUUGGCCUGCUAUGUCAUCACUCUUGAAUAUAUUUGUUUUGGUAGAUCUUCUUUUACACCUCACCUUACAUGUUCACUUUGUCAGCUUGUGUGUAUGCAGGCAUGUACAAAAGUGACCAACAUGUUUAUUUAUUAGUCCAUCAUUUAUUUCUCAUCUUGCUCAAUCAUUAGGAGUCAUUGCCAUUUCUAGACCUUGAAAAAGCUGUCCUUUACAAUGCUAAUGGAGCAACGGCAAGAGAGUAGUUAUAUUUCUAAAAUAUGGAAUUGAAAUAAAGUUAUUAGUUCAAUUAGAGCUUAUGGAGUAUCAACUUUAGAAGCAACAGACAGUAGCCUAAUUGCUUGAAAUAUUUAUUCACUUUAUUAUUUUUUUCUUUGAUGUGACCCAAUGGACAUUUUAAAACUUUUUAUUGAGUACUAACACUAAUUCUAUGAAGCUAGCUGAUAUUUGUUCACUGAAUUGUAUAGUUCAUGACAUUUUUCACUAAGAUAAACAUGUAUUUUUUUCUUAUAUUAUUAAAUGAUGCAACAAUUUAUUUUAAUACUAUUAAAUACACUAAGUGAAAUGUUUAAAUGUGUUAUAUGUACAUAAAUCUUUAUUGUAUAUAUAGCCCAAGCUGUGUUUGUUCACUCCCAUAUAUUCCUGUGCACAUUUCCACAAUGUGCAUUGCAAUAUUGUUUCUUCAUGGGUCUUUGUUUGUAGCAAACAUUUGUGAUAAGAGUGACAGGCGAUUUGCUAUCAAGUAUGUGUGUGCGUGUACAUUACAGUAGUAUAGGCCUGUGUGCACAUUAGAGAUUUGUAGAUCUGAUGUUUGUUUUAUUUAUUGACUUAGACAUUAGUACUGUAAAAAGAAAUAAACAUCAUAAUGCAAGUACAACAAACUUAAAAAUAUAUUUGAAUGAUACCAGUUACUAUUAUUAUAUCAAUACUGUUAUAGUCAUGGAAGAGAAGAGGUUUAGAAAUAGUCAUAAUUUGGCCGAUGUGAAUAACAUGUAUCUAGUGUUAAGGAACAAAAUGUUGUAUAACUUGGUCUAAACAAAAUUUAAGACUUUCUUUAGACUUUUAUUCAGUUUCAUAUUUGAAAAUUUGUAUUUACUGAAAUUUUUUGAUCCAGCAUUCUAUUAUAAGUUUAUGGCUAAAACAAACAAUCAGCCAUCCUGACCAGUAUUUUUUUGUUGUUGUUGGUAAUUCUUCACAUAUUUGAUGCUAGUCAUUACAGUGAGUUGAAGAGACUCAUUCAUUGUGCCCUGGUAAGAACAAAGUCCUGGGUUGAAAGUCACUACAAGAUACAAUAUGAUACUUAUGGCCUAUGCAUAAACUCUGCUAUUUAAUGUAAACAUAUUGGCCAUAACUUAUGUAUGAAUCCAUUUCAUAAAUUAUGUGUGAAGUAUUAGGAGGUGCUGUGGCUGAAUGGUAAUGCGCUUGGCUCCAGAUUCAGAUCUCGGUGAAGACUGGUAUUUUGAAUUUUGGGAUAUUUAGGGUGCCUGAGUCCACCUAGCUCUAAUGGGUACCUGACAUUAGUUCGGGAAAAGUAAAGGCUGUUGAUUGUUAUGCUGGCCACAUGACACCCUCAUUAACCGUAGGCCACAGAAACAGAUGAACUUUACUCAUCUGCCCUAUAGAUCUCAAGGUCUGAAAGGGGAACUUUACAUGUAUGAAGUAUUUAUGGCAUUUGUCCUGUUCUCCUGGCUUAUAAAGCUAGACUGACAUGUCAGAUGUGACCAUUAGCCACAUCAUACUUCUCAACAGAGAAGAAAGUUUGGUGGUAACAGUAAUUUUAAACCUUAAUAAAACAUUUUCUUUGGAUUCACAAAUUUGUACAGCAUCUUCAGUAGUUGGAAACUAGUGAAUAUUUAUUUUUUCAUUUGUGUAGGUUAUUGAUGUUGCUUGCACCAUAUCCUUCUCUUGACUAACUUGCGUAGGUGUGACUUGUUCUUUAGGUUAUUGAUGUUGCUUAUACCAUGUCCUUCUCUUGACUAACUUGCGUAGAUGUGACUUGUUCUAUAGGUUAUUGAUGUUGCUUGCACCAUGUCCUUCUCUUGACUAACUUGCGUAGAUGUGACUUGUUCUAUAGGUUAUUGAUGUUGCUUGCACCAUGUCCUUCUCUUGACUAACUUGUGUAGAUGUGACUUGUUCUAUAGGUUAUUGAUGUUGCUUGCACCAUGUCCUUCUCUUGACUAACUUGUGUAGAUGUGACUUGUUCUUUAGGUUAUUGAUGUUGCUAGAACCAUGUCCUUCUCUUGACUAACUUGCGUAGGUGUGACUUGUUCUUUAGGUUAUUGAUGUUGCUUGUACCAUGUCCUUCUCUUGACUAACUUGUGUAGAUGUGACUUGUUCUUUAGGUUAUUGAUGUUGCUAGAACCAUGUCCUUCUCUUGUUUAACUUAAAAGGGGGGGGGGAGAGAUUCACUCUUAUUUAGAUUGUAACUAAUUUUUAAUGCAAUGGGACUGUCAUGAAAUCAUGUUUUAAUAAAAUUUGAUCCAACUGAUUA